AUGGCUGACAAUGUUUACAAACUCAGUCUGUUUUCUGGACCGCGUAACAGUGAUUGGACACGUACUGUUCGAGAAGGACUGGAUAUCCGACGACGAACAUGCACGACAUUUAUUCCCGAGAAGUCGAAAGGAGACGAUCGCAACAAUCGAAGUGAAAUACGUUGUGGUUGUAAGCGGCUUCGUCGUGAGCACUCAUCUGAGAACGUCGUUGAGGGAAAUGAAACUGUCUGGGAUAAAACUAAACAUACGAAAGCAGAAGAUAACAAUGCUUACGGGUAUCUUCCUAGUACUCGGGCUUAUUUUAUUCGUUGUGAUAUUGAAACCGAACCGCAAGCUCUUGCUCAAUUUGUGUUCGAAGCUUGGAAAAUUAAACCGCCUCGUUUGAUCAUGUCAAUCGUAGGAGGUGCAAAAUAUUUUAAAUUAAACGAACGACUAGAAAGAGAAUUUAUCAAAGGUAUCAUUCAAGCAGCAUUGAAAGCAGAUGGUUGGAUUGUCACGACAGGAUUUAAAACCGGUGUUGUUCAAUUAGUUGGUGAAGCUAUCCAUGAUCAUAAAGUAACCAAUCCGCGAAGUCAUAUAACAGCUAUUGGCUGUUCAAAAUGGGGAGCAGUUCGCAAUCGGGAAGCGUUGGUUUUGAAAACAUCUAUGGUAAAUCGUUGUGCUGAUGUGGCACCGAAAGCUGAAAAAGGUCAGCAACACCUCGAACCAAACCAUACACAUUUUCUUCUUCUCGAUGAUGGAACGUAUUAUGGGUAUGAAAUUGGAGACUAUCGUACGCGAUUUGUCAACGAAAUCGCUAAAUACAAAGAUGCGAAUGUUCCAAACGUGACAAUCGUAGUCGAAGGUGGUCCGGAUACACUAUUAACAAUUUAUAACGAUCUCUGCAAUGGUAUUCCAGUUGUAUUGAUUGAUGGAAGUGGCCGAGUGCCGAAUCUCCUUGCGACUUUUUUGAAACGCACCGAAGGCGCCUCAAAUCGGAAAGAUGAUGAUUCAACUAAUUGGGAUGAAAUCGUUGAUAUUGAACAAAGUGAAAAAUUGAGAAAUUUGUUCGAUCAGUACGAAGAUGAAAUUCGUCUCGGUCUAAAAGACAUAUCCAAGGGAUCGAAAUCGUCCGAUGAAACAAUCAAUCAUCUAUUCAAAUGUUUUCUCUUCUGUUUACAACCAGCCAUUCGCUGUAAAAUACAAGUGUACAGUCUCGAUGGUGAUCAUGAUCUCGAUGAUACGAUAUUCGAAGCGAUUAUUCAAACAAAACAAAGAGAGAGUUUGAAAACAAAAGCGGGACUCAAUCGCGAACAAUUGUUACAGCUUGCAUUAGCAUGGGAUGCAAUCGAAGUUGCCAAGCAGCAUAUUAUUAAAGAUGAUUUGAACGAUCUUUCGCCUGAAACAAAGGAAAAGUUAUUUUUCGAGGCGUUGAUACUCGAUCGGCCACAAUUUGUUCACACAUUUAUCAAGUUAAAUUUCAAUUUAUGUGAUAUGUUCUAUGAAAGACAGAUCAAUAAUCCUUGGAGACUAAAAUGGGAUAAACUAGCGAGAUUGUACAAUGAUAAUGAGAAGAAAAAGAAAGAACGUUUGUAUCUAUUCGAAAAAUGUUCCGGCAAAGCUCACGUCGAAUCGGAACACGAUCUGGAUCGUGUUCUACGCAAAUUAGUUGGUGAUUACGUGAAACCAAUCUAUACACGUGAUAGUCUGAGUUUCUUUGAACGAUUAAAGAGCUGCUGUCAGCGUCCAAACGUUGCCCGGGUGGGAGAUAGUCGAGCGAGUUUAUACGUUAACAACGACUCGGAAAUACCCGACCCUGAAGAUGCUCAAAAAGAAGUGCGAGAACUGGUCUUUCGUGAUCUUUUCCUUUGGUCAAUACUAACAAAUCGAAUUGAAAUUUCCAAGGUUUUGUUGAAUCACAUGGAGACAAGAAUAUGUGGAUUGUUAAUCGCAUCGAAAAUCUUUCGAUCAUACCUUCAUUUUGCAUCGGAUACCGAAUCUAAAGAAGUACUCUCAAAUCAAGCAAAGCAAUUUGAAGAAUAUGCAAGUGAAUGUUUGAAAUGCUGUUAUAAUUUCGAUGAAGAGAAAGCUUGUGAAAUCGCCAUUCGAAGAAUCAAUGUCUAUGGUGGUGUAUCUUGUCUGCAGGUGGCAGUCGAUGCGGAUGACAAGAACUUUGUUGGACAACCAUGUUGUGAUCAAUUGAUGAACAACAUCUGGUUUGAUAAGAUCGUUCCGUUUCGAUCGACCUUAUCCGAUCGUCUGCGAUUCAUCUUAGCCAUUAGCACAUUUGGUUUAUUGGCACAAUUUGUAAUACCAUUUCGAACUGAACAGGAAUUAUCAAAGCAUGAUUUCGAGGAUUAUAAUCAACAAAAACAGUUGAAGAUCAAUCAAGAGGACGACAGCAAAGACGAGAUAAAACCAUCGAAGCCCUAUCGAUUGAAUGACUAUGGCAUAAACUAUUCGGAUCAUUACGUAUGGCACUCGGAUAAAUACUCUCAACGAUAUGUAACAUACUUUCGCCAUUUGAAACACUUUCAUGAAUCACCAAUUGUGAAAUACUCAUAUAAUAUUAUUAGUUAUAUCAUAUUUCUUCUCUUAUUCUCCUAUUAUCUUCUAUUUAAUUUCAACAUUCCCACUGACAACGUUCCGAGUAUUCAUUGGACAGAAAUACUAGUCAUUAUCAUAAUCACAACAAUGCUUGUCGAAGAAAUUCGUCAAUUCCUCUGUCAAGAUAAUCGUUCGAUGAUCGGCAAACUAUCGAACACAUUCAUCAUCAAUCCAUUCUACAACGUCAUUCGUGUUAUAUCCUAUCUUUUAUUUUACAUUGGUCUCAUUCUUCGUUUUACUAACACAACCAGUGACGAAUCAUUUUCAGCUGCCAAAAUCAUCCUCGCUUAUGAUUUAGAAGUCUGGUUCAUUCGUUCGUUAACAUUUCUUGGCAUUUCACAAAAAAUGGGUCCCAAACUCGUGAUGAUUCGUCGAAUGAUCAUCGAUCUAUUUUUCUUCACAUACAUUAUUCUAAUUGCAAUGAUUGCGUACGGCGUCGUUUCGCGAACAAUGUAUACUUACAAUAACGAAACAGUUCUAUUCAACGGACGAUCGAUUUUCCGAAAUAUUAUCUAUCCGGUGUAUUACUUGAUGUACGGUAAUGUUGGCGAUGAACUAACGGCACUGGAUGAAAAUCAAAGUGCUGGAACAGCAAUUGCGACGCAUGUUUUAUUGGCUUUUCAUAUGUUGUUUGUCAAUAUUUUAUUGAUUAAUCUUUUGAUUGCAAUGUUCAGCUUUACAUUCAAUUCGGUUCAAGAUCAAACGGAUCUGGUAUGGCGUUAUGAGCGAUAUUCUUUAAUACGGGAGUACUUCGAUCGCCCACCGUUAUUUCCUCCAUUGAUUAUUAUUACCCAUAUAAUUGAAUUGGUGAAAUUAUGUCAUCGACAUGCGAAAAAGAGAUCAAACCAGACGCAAGCAAAGAUAUUUAAAAUGAUAGCAGCACAUCGACAGGUGGACAAAGAUUGGUCGGAGUUCGAAAGUUAUUCAACUAAUCUCUACUUACAAUCAUUACUAACCAAUCAACCGUUGAGUGCCUCAGUUCUCCUACCAUCUCCGAUACGAACAGAUCAACAAUCCUCAUCGGAUGCUUCAACUAAUAAUGCACAAUAUCAAACCAAUGCUAGUUACUUAGAUUUCAAAGCUAUUAACGAUGACAUGGUAUCAGUAAGAAAAACAAUUUUAGAUCUUCGCAAUUGUGCACAGGAAAUGAAUAGAUGUAUGGGCUGGAUGAUGGACGCAAUGGACCGUGUGAAAAUGUCGAAAGAUCCAAAACCAUAUGUAAAAUCAAAUAAUAUGAACUCGUCUGAUUAA